UUUCAUCAUCCAAGUUGAAGGACUGGGGGAUUGCAAGUUCUGGAGCAAAAAAUAAAGCAAAAGUGCAAAAGAUCUAAAAGGACGUGCGUAAUAGCACGCAAUCUUCUGAUGUCUGUUACCGAGAAGACCAUGCCAGCAAAAUUGGCAAAAUUUUUAUUAAAACUUUAAAAUUUUCACUAUUGUCGUGUGUUAGAACUAGCUAUAUAAGUGCUGUUACUUCUGGAGUAAAAAUAAUUAGUGUUGGAUACAUAUAAAAAAUUUGAUUACUCGAUAAAAGUAAUUGAAAAAAUGUCGGUGCAAAGUCGAUACUUUACAAUCGGUAAAAAUAUAAUUUUUACUCAAUUAUCUGCGAAUUCACGUCACAAGCUUCUGAGUAAAACUUACAAAAGUCAAGAUCAAGUGAUUCAAGUGCGAGGAUUUCGUAAUUUUGGUCAUGGAAUCAACAGCGAUUUGUCUAGAACUAGAACUGCCAUGCUUGGGAUCCUCGCAAUUGGUAUUACGGCACCUUACGUCAACUGGAAAUGGAUUUUCAAACAAAUAAAAAAAGCAUUUACUGUCGACGCUGCUGAAAUGUUGAUGGAAGAAAAUAAAGAAAAGAAUAAUACCUCCGUAGAACAGGCUGACUCCGAACUCAAGAAAAAAAAGAAGAAGCAAAAAGUUGGAUUUCGCGAUCGCAAGAUAAUUGAAUAUGAAAACCGCAUACGUCAUUACUCAACACCCGACAAAGUAUUCCGUUACUUUGCGACUCUUCAAGUGUCUAUUACUGACACUCAUCAUGAGGUUUAUAUGACGCCCGAUGACUUCUUGAGAUCCAUGACUCCUGGUGUUAAGCAACCUGAGGGUUUGGGAUUAGAUCAGUACAAACGAUUUGAUCCAAAGAACGUCCAUAAUAAAUUAGAAUUAGAAUUAGACGAAAAUAGUAUCUUCUAUAAACUUGGUAGCGCUGGAUUGAUAAGCUUCUCAGAUUACAUUUUCUUACUGACAGUCCUUUCAACAUCAAGAAGACAUUUUGAAAUAGCUUUCCGCAUGUUUGAUUUCAACGGCGACGGAGAUGUUGAUUCCGAAGAGUUCAGCAAAGUCGCGACAUUAAUAAGACAGCAAACGAGUAUCGGAAACCGUCACCGCGACCAUGCUAACACUGGUAACACCUUCAAAGGAGUAAACUCAGCAUUGACCACUUACUUUUUCGGAUCCAACAUGGACCAGAAAUUAACAAUCGAAAAGUUUCUCGAUUUUCAAGAACAGCUGCAAAAAGAAAUUUUGGAUCUUGAGUUCGAACGUCGCAAUCCUGAUUCAGAUGGUAAGAUAACGGAGACAGAUUUCACAGAACUGUUGCUAGCCUACGCGGGUUAUCCCGAGAACAAGAGAAUAAAAAUGAUAAAAAGAGUAAAGAAACAGUUCGUAGAUAAUCCUCAAGGAGUCAGCAAAGAAGACUACUUAAAAUUCUUCCAUUUUUUAAAUAAUAUCAAUGAUGUCGAUACAGCUUUGACAUUUUAUCAUAUUGCCGGCGCGUCUAUUGACCAAGCUACCUUGAAACAUGUAGCGCGUACAGUAGCACACGUUGAAUUGAGUGAUCAUGUAAUUCAAGUCGUCUAUACUAUUUUUGAUGAAAAUUUGGAUGGACAACUGAGUAAUCGUGAGUUUGUAGCAGUGAUGAAGAAUCGUGUCUUAAGAGGAUUAGAAAAACCCAAGGACACUGGAUUUGUAAAAUUAAUGCAAUCUAUGAUGAAAUGUGCAAAAAAUAGUUAUUCAUUUGAUAAAUAAUUUAUCUAUUGCCAUCAAUUAAUACUAUUAUUAUUGUUAUUUAUUCCAAUUAACAUGUAUAUAUCUCUCAACGUGUGAUACUCGUGUUACUAUUUAAUUAAACUAAAUAAAUUAUGCUAAAUAU